GCUGGUAAGCGAACAACGAUCAUUCUUGAGUCAACAAAAAUUCUUCUAUAAGAUCAAGCGCCGCUCUUCUGAUCAUCGACCGUUUUUCUUCUUCGUUCUGUGCUGUCAGAAACGUCAUGAGUGUCGCUCAGACAGACACUACAGCAGUUGCUCCCACGGAAAUUCUCUCUAGGAUCUUCUCCCUCUCCCUUGACACCGACGCCCCUGCCGAAUCCCUUGACGUUAGGAAAGGCGCAUGGUCAUACGGAAGAGUCUGUCGUCGAUGGAGGAGCUUGGUCCUAUCUAAUCCAUUCCUUUGGGACCACUUCGCAGCGCAAAUAGCUCAACCUAUUACAGAAUGGCCCCUCUCUAACGUCCCCAAAACCAUAAGAUACGGACCAAGUAGCAUUGACAUCGUAAAGGAGGAUCGGAUCCAGUAUAAACGACAGUACAAAAAGUUUCUCAAGGAUAGAACUACUCUGUCGUCCUCAUCUGUACCCAUCCUAACGGAGUAUCUCAAACGUUCGGGAGGGGUACCCCUACACAUCUCCCUUACAGUUGCGGAGAGUGUUGAACGCGCCGAUCCGGAUAUCAAGGAUGCAUUCUUCGCACUCCUCCUAUCACAUGUCCCACGCUGGAAGACAUUGCAGUAUACUCUUCUCACUGAACCUGUUCGUGCUCUUAUAAGCGAGGCUCUCAUCCGAGAAACUCCCAGACUCAUUCACUUCCAAGGAAUCCCACCGUGUAGUUCUUCAGAAAUACGUUUCUGCUAUUACCCAUUCUUCCGGCACUUCGCAGAUACACUUGUAUCGUUCGAUAUCACUCCAAUGAGAUUCUCUUCUCCCGACUCAAACCGUACUGUCACCACUAUGUCUCGUCUUCGCACCCUGAAGGUUUUUUCAACCGAUGCCCUGGAUCAGCUCUUAGCUCCAGUGUUGGACGAGCUGGCCAUCUCGUGUACCCAUCACUCAGCAGCAUGGUUAACGUCUUUCAUAGAAAGAUUGCAAAUCUUCCACCGUUUGCAAUCUCUCUCUCUACUGCUAGCCACCACGCCCGCUUGUGUCGACGUCAUCAACAGCCUCACCGACCUAUCUUCUCUCAUCAUAGAAGACAUUACCGUUGGCUUGCCAUUCCUUCGAGAGCUCUCCGUUGCCUGCCCAAAGCUGAAGACGUUGAAGAUUUCGGAAGCGAAGGGAAGGCAAGGACCGCACGUCCAUGUCAGCAAGGACUGCCUAGUCUUUCUUAUUCAGCUCCUCGAUGACCGGUUGGAAAACAGGACGCUGGAGAGCGUCUCAAUUCAGCUGGGUAAGCCGUUAUUCUUGGAUAGGGAUGAAGCUUCGAGGGGGCAAGUCGAGGCGUUGAUUGC